AUGUCCGGCGCAGCACAAGGAGACGCCAACACCACAAAGGCCGUAGUUUCAGACCGCAAGGACGACUCGCAACCACUGGCUCCCCAGAAGCAGGCCGCUCAGCUCGAAGAGGAUGACGAGUUUGAAGACUUCCCCGUAGAAGACUGGCCCGCAGAGGAGGAGCUCGGCUCUUCUGGCGCCGGCGCAGGCACUACACAUCUCUGGGAGGAGAGCUGGGAUGACGAUGACACAAGCGACGAGUUCUCGGUUCAGCUUCAGAACGAGCUCAAGAAGAUGGAGAAGCGCGGUUGAGCCCAUCUUUUUUUACACCAUCAAAGCAAUUAGCCC